UAAAAUAAUGUUUGUUGACUCGACUGCGUACCUCCAACUGCGCACCACAAGGUUUGAGGAUAAUGGAGUCUACACCUGUGAGGCUCAUAAUGAUGCUGGCAGUGCAAGCUGCAGCACCGUUCUCACAAUUCAAGGUCAGCUAUUGAAUUCAAUCUUGGCUACACAUUGUUGUUUUGUGGAUUUUGUCUCCUCUGAACUUGUGUAGCAUGGAACUGAAGUAAUGAAAGUCCCUUGUGAUUCAGAUUUGGAUAAUUCGUUUGGCCAUUUAUGGGUUCUUUUCCAAACCGGUCUAAAAACUUAAGCAUGGAAUCCAACAACCCCAAAUCCUGUUUCAGUUAAAACAGGUCCUCCUCCAGUGUGUCGCAUAGCAUGAGUGUUACCUCUUUUUUUAGAGACAUAUUGUCUCCUACAUUUGCUGGAAUUACCUAGGUAUACCUUUGACUUACCUUUUACAUUUUAAUUUCAAUAUGAUAUGAUUUAGCCUCCAAUCAUAGCAUGAACAUAAGCUAUGUUUGUGUUCUUGUUUUUUCUGUCAACGCCUGGAUGGAUUCCUCUAGCAUGGACUGAACUUAAGCAUGAACUUGAAGAAUUUCUGUCCAAUGGAACCCAAUUGCUUGCAGUGAAAACUUGCUUGUCCAGGAUCAUUACAUCUGUUAAUAUAUGCUGAUAUAUUUUCCAGAGUCCCCAUCCUUUACUAAAACUCCAAACCCAGUAGAGGGCAUUAAAGGGAAAGAUGCCAGCCUGCACUGUGAGGUGUAUGGCACUCCACCUUUCCAGGUUAACUGGUACAAAGACAGAAGGCCACUGAAGGAGAGCAGGAAAUAUAAGAUGGUCAAUGAGGGCAACUCUGCCACGCUUCACAUUGUUAAACUGGAGCAAGAUGAUGCUGGAAUUUACGAGUGCAGAGUGUCAAACAAUGUAGGAAGUGAAUCCUGCCGCACUACCAUUUGCCUUAAAGAACAACCAGCGUUUGUCAAGAAAUUGGUCGACCAAUCAGUGAAAUUCGGCCAGCAGCUGACACUGACAGCUACGGUUAAAGGCUCUGAACCAUUGACUGUGUCCUGGGUUCAGGACAAAGAUCACAUUCUCAGAGACGGUGACAACAGGAAAAUCACCUUUGAGAAUAAUGUGGUCACCCUUGUAGUGCCCAAGGCUGACUCAACCACAGCUGGUAAAUACACCUGCCAGCUAAGGAAUGACUCUGGACUUGUAGAGUCUGUCUCCCAAGUUACCGUUCUAGAACCCGCUGCUAUUGUGGAUAGCCCAGAGUCCUUGAACGUGAAGUCAGGAGAAAAUGCAGCUCUUGAAGUCACAGUUUCUGGCUCACCAGACCUGAAAAUUAAGUGGUUCAAGAAUAACAAGGAGCUCUCUGCUGGUGCCAAGUAUCAGAUGUCCUUCACAAAGAAGGUUGCCGCCUUGAAGAUUCAGUCUGCUGAUAAAGCAGAUGCCGGAGAAUACAAGCUAGAAAUUACAAACCAUGUUGGUACAGCCUCUUGCAAAACUAAGCUCUCUGUCUCAGAUAAGUUGAUUCCACCGAGUUUCAUAAGGAAGCUGAGAGACACCCACCUUGUUGUGGGUAAGCCUGGUGAAAUGGAGUGUAAGGUCACUGGCUCUGCUCCUUUAACAACUUCCUGGUUCCACAACGGCCAGGAGAUCAAGAGUGGGCCUAACUAUGACAUUAGCUGCACUGAUAAUAACUGCAAACUGAGAGUCCCAACAAUCAAGAUGUCAGAUACCGGCAAAUACACAUGUAAAGCCGUGAAUGCUGCAGGAGCCAGUGAGACGAGUGCGUCAAUGAAUGUAACAGAACCUCCCACUUUUGUGGAAACACCCGAAGCGAAGGAAACACUGCCCGGCAAAAAUGUGACUUUCUCAGCCAAAGUUAAAGGCAGUGCCCCCCUGAAAGUCAAAUGGUUCAGGGGAGCCAAGGAAAUGCAGCAUGGAAGAGGCUGCGAGAUCGCUCUAAAGAACGACGUUGCCACUUUCGUGCUUCACAAAGUCGAAAAGUCCCACGCAGGAGAGUACACCUGCCAGAUCAUUAAUGAUGCAGGGAAGGAAAGCUACCCAGUUAACCUGUUUGUGAAAGAACCAGUCCACUUUGUGAAGAAGCUGAGAGACAUGUCCUCUGAGAAGGGCAAGCCUCUGAGACUUGAGGUCACAUUUGCUGGAACCCCCAGGGUAAAUGUGACCUGGAAGAAGGAUGGUAAACUCAUCUGGGCUUCAUACCAGUACAAUGUGAUCACCACAGACACCUCCUGCAUCCUGGAUGUUCUUAACUCUGACAGGGUGGAGGCAGCUGGUAGAUACUCUUGCGAAGUAGACAACGGAGUCGGAAGUGACAGAUGCGAAGCACAAGUGUCAAUUCUAGAGCGACCAUACUUUGUUGAAAAGAUGGAGCCAGUGGAGGUAACUGUGGGCGAUCCGGUUACCCUGAAAUGCCGUAUUGCAGGAACUCCUGACAUCUCCGUAGCUUGGUUUAAAGCUGAUGGAAAGCUGCGCAAGUCCAACACUUGCUCAAUGGACUUUGCAAACGGUGUCGCCACUUUGAAACUGAUCAAAACGACCAAGUUCGAUCACAGCCAAUACAUCUGCAAGGCAGAGAAUCGUGUCGGUUCAGCCUCUGCCAGCUGUAAUGUGGUGGUGAAAGGUGAUGCUUGUUUUCCGUACUUCCUUUUUCUUUGAGAGAGAAACGAUCAGCCAGUUAUUUCUGCUACUGGAUCCUCUCAUUAGAAUUCAGUUUCUUUUGAUUGUACCAAAAUUGUCCUAAAGAUUACCUCUGGUGAAAUAUGCAACUCUUGGAAAACAAUACUAAUGUAGCUUAAUAGUUUAGUUUACAAGUUACAUUUUAGCCAUGAUAGAAUUAACUUUGACAUAGAGGCAUUGAAAUGCAUGGAAAUAUAACAAUGGGCACAUUUCUAACACCAGCAUUGCUUCUCUCAGAACCUGUGCGCUUUAUCAAGAAGCUGGAAGAUACUACUUUCACAGUGGGUCAGCCACUGAAAUUAGUCUGCGCAUACACCGGAAGCCAGAGGGUCCAUGUCACAUGGAAAAAGGAUGGAAAGCUGAUUUGGGCAUCUUAUCAGUAUAAUGUUAAAACUACGGAUUCGAUCUGCUCUCUGGAAGUCCUCAACAGCGACAGGCCUGAGGCAGCUGGAACGUACACUUGCGAAAUUUCCAACGGAGCUGGAACUGAUGUUUGCCACGCUUGUGUCAGCCUAGGUAAAACCCCUAACACACCAUCUGCUUUAAAUUCAUCAGCCAAGUGUGCUGUUGUCUAGUAGGCACAAUUGGUAGUUGUAGUCAUCUAGGACUAAAAAUGUCAGUUGAGACUAUUGCAAAAUCUCCAUAACCUGCCCCUUCUAACAUAACAUAAUUAAACCUACAUGCAACUAACCCAACCAUUACUCCUCUCAGAGCCUGCUCGCUUCGUGAAAAAGCUGGAAGACACUUAUUUCAGACUCCACGAACCUUUGGCCAUCAAGUGCACGUACACUGGAAGCCAGAGACUGUCCGUGACCUGGAAGAAGGACGGAAAACUCAUCUGGGCAUCAUAUAAGUACAAUGUCAAGACCACCAACGACACCUGCAUUUUGGAAAUCCUUAACAGUGACAGAGAAGAGGCCGUUGGAAGAUACACAUGUGAAAUCUCUAACUCUGGAGGAAGCGAUAUCUGCCAUGCUAAUGUGAAACUAGGUAACCCACCUUAGCAACUCACUUCUUUACAGGGAUUAAGAAUCAUUUGUACCUCCAUAAAAUAUAAUGUAACUAGCUUGUUUAAAAGAUGAACCAUUGCUUAUAAUAUCUAACAAUGCCAUUGCUAAUUGAUUUCUUAGAACCAGUUCGCUUUGUGAGAAAACUGAGAAACACCUUCUAUAAAAUUGGCCACCCUUUGAUGCUGGAGUGCACAUUCACUGGCAGCCAGAGGAUUUACGUCAGCUGGAUAAAAGAUGGAAAACCCAUCUGGGCAUCAUACAAGUACAAUGUUAAAACCACCAACUUCUCCAGCACCUUGGAAGUUCUCAACAGUGAUAGUCGGGCAGCCAUCGGGAAAUACUCAUGCGAGAUUUCCAAUUCAGAGGGCACUGAUAUCUGCCAUGCUAUGGUUAAGAUAGGUAAAGCCACUAACAUAUGACCAUCAUCUAUUUUGAAAUUUCAAAAAUCAGAUCAAUCCUUUCACAUAAACAUGCAUUUGCUUGCUGUAACAUAAAUGACAUAACAUGCAACUAACAUCACCAUUGCUUCCUGUAGAACCUGUGCGCUUCAUAAAAGAGCUGGAAGACACCACCUUUAGACUCGGCCAGCCCCUGUCGCUGUACUGUGCUUACAGUGCAAGCCCCAGGGUCAAUGUGAGCUGGAGAAAGGAUGGUAAACCAAUCUGGGCCUCCUACAAGUACAACGUCGAGACCACAGAUAAUUCCUGUGUCUUGGAGGUGCUCAACAGUGACCGGCUAGAAGCAGCAGGCAGAUAUUCCUGUGAAAUCUCUAACUCUGAGAACACCGCUAUCUGUUAUGCACAGGUCAAACUAGGUAAAACAUCAAACAUGAAGGGCUCAUUUCUUUCAGUUUUAAUUUUACCUAAAAAAAAAACCUAAAUUUAUUGUUAUUGGGAAUGCAUCUAAAGACAGCUGGCUGGUUGGCAGUUAAUGUUCAUUUUGGGACAUGGCAAUAUAAAAAUCUGGCUUAAAAGCUAUAAUAUGCAACAUUUCCGAAUUAAGAUGUUUAUAAACACUAGGCCUAUGUUUGCACCAAUGUUCAAACCUAAUGUUCUGUCAUUUUAUUCAGGUAAUGAUGUGUUUCACCAGUCGCCUGUCAAUGGCAUCAUAUCCCCUUUGUGCAGGCAUCAGCAUUGUGGUUGUCUUCCAGAAGCUGUCAUAAGUUGAUUUUUUAUCCAGU